CUUGCUUGUUUAUUUUGUAUGGCUUUGCAGUGAACAUGGAGACUCAUUUAAGGCUCGCUGUGAAUGGCCCCACAGUUCAGAUAGAUAAAGCUAGCAGUACAGUUAAACCAGCCGCACUUCCCUCCUCCACCUCUUCAUCUAACGGCAUGGCUGAUCUGACCAGUCCAGUUAUACAAGUUAAUAUAAGCUCCAUUGUUAGUCCCAGCCAGAGAGAGGCCUCCGAUCACGAGGAGAGCUUCAAGACGGUCCCAGUUACCAUAAACACCACAGCAUGUGAAGUGGUUAAUAUGCUAAUGAGUGAGGCUCAUGAUCCCACCAAGAUGGGAGAGUAUUGUCUUCUUGAGUCCAUUCAGAAUGAGAAAGGAAGCUACAGGAGAGUCAUCCCCGAUAGAGAGAAGGUACUGCUUAUAAAGCAGAAGUGGAGAAAGAAAGGUGAAGGGAGUUUCACGCUAAUUUGCAAAGAAGAUGCAGAAUGCUAUGGCAAAAGAAAGUUACACGUAGACAGCAGUUCAUAUUUCUUCACUCCCAGCCCAAAGAGCUUGAGAAGUCAACGAAGAUACAGUCUCCCAGUCUCUUUGAAGGACGCUGUCCCUCUGCCUUCUUCCGAGCAGCUCCAGCAUACAGAGGAGAAACAAGACGAACCUUCUUUUGGUACCUCGUCCGGACAAAAGUCGAUGAAUAUGUCCAAGAUCAUGAGUCAGGUUGUUAAAGACUCAAGUCGUUUUCAGCAGAGAAGAGGAAGUCUCAGUAGUAGCGUCCAGCGCUCUACGUCUCUACGAACAACCCCAGUAAAAUCUAACACCUCUCAGCCCUCCUCCCCUACUCUGCGUGAUAUCGUAAGCAUAGAACCAAUCAUUUGUUCUCCUUCUUAUUCCGCAGUUCGGGCCUUCCCAGAGUUUGUCCACAGCCCCACAUCAACCUCAGAGACGGUGGAUAAGAGCAGGACUGCUGUCUCUCCUGUAAGGAAUACACUGGAGACACUCACAGAGCAAGAGAAAGCUGAUGAGUCAAGCAGUACAGUACAGGGUGUCUCUAAAAAUGAUGGUAUCUCUGAAAGUCUUGAGAGGAGUAUGAGAAAGAUGGAGGAAGGCCCGAUACUUGUCCACACUGUCGUAUUGAAGGAACAAUAUCCGGUCCAUCCUAAGAAAGUUUUUGUUAAUGAUCCAGUGCCAAGUUCCUCUGGAGAUAAACCGAAUGGUAUGCCUUCAUCACUUGUAGGGACCAACUCUACACCAUCUGAUGCAGCCAGUCCUUCCCCUGCUUCACUCAAUGUUGUUGGUAUAGAGAACUCUGAGAUGGACCUCAUCGAGUCUCUAACGUCAAUCCUAGACUCUAAACUCAAUGCAGCAAGGAAUCCUAAUGACGAUGCUAAUCAAGCAACCAUAGUUGGUGAUUUGAUAUCACCUAAACGAAGGACCAGUUUAGUGGACGAGGCUUGCUCUAAUAUAAAGAGGAAGCGCUCUAUUCCUCAUCCUUCCGAACAACCAAGGAUACCAAAUCGAUCCAUCACUCCUUCUAAAUCCAGUAGCUCCCUCUCCUCCAGCACUCUCCUCUCUCCCUCUCAUCGAGAAGAGCUCCUGACAGCAGCUACGGAUAUGAUCUUGGACACAAGGAGAAAGAAGUCACUAGCAAAUGAGGACCACCACUCCUUAAAAGAAAAGGAGCAAGAGGCAACUGCCAACUGUGACCAGGACCAGCCUCGCAAGAUAUUAAAUUUUGAAGAUUUUCAACUACUAACUGAUGAUUGUCAAGAUCACAACAGCACCAAAGAUACAAAUAAUGUAUUGAUCACAGGAGGAGGAGGUGGAGGAGGAGGAGGAGGAUCUCUUGAUGACAACAUCAUUACUGGAGGAGGACUGGGAGAAGAGGGGUCACCAAGCCCUGUUGCAAAGCUGAGGAGACACAAAUCGGAAAGAUUUCGUCCAGGUCUCUUGUCUCUUUUUAAUAAGAAAAUCAAAACUCCAGUGGAAAAGAGAAAGGAAGAGGUGGGAGGGGACAAAGGGAGCCGGCACAAUGCCUCAAAGAGUCAGAAGUUUUCUCCGAAGGUUCCUUUUAAAAGGAGUCGAUCGGAUCAUCAUUUCAAUAAACUUUAAAAAUAAUUCUUAUCUGUACAAUAAAAGACUUUAGUAACAGUACUGUUAGUAGAUAUGAUGGUAUAAUAAUGCUGCAAAAUAAUGCUGCAAUAUAUAUUGGUGUCAUUUGAUGACUUUUACAAUUA